UGGAAAAGGGUCCGCCCGGCUUCGUGGACCCGGCUCCAAACAACCAGAGCUGGGUGCUGGUCAAAGAGCACUCCCUGCCCAUCAAUGAGCUUCUGGAGAAGAGCAGCAAGCCCGGCGAGUCCAAGUUCUCCCUGCACCCUCUGCCCUCGGCCGUCUGGCCGAAGCACAGUGACCUGGCCCCCGUCCCUCGCCACCAUGGCCCCCACAACAAGGCCAAAAAGGGCCCCAAGAGCGACCGUCUGAUGGAGCACAACAGCGAGAAAACCAGAGGAGAAAUGGCCGGACUGCUCCCCAAGACUCCGCUGACCGGAGCCACAGCUGCCGCCACCAACCGCACAGUGCAGAAGAACAGCCAGGAGACCCAGUCCAACAACAGUCCUCCUCAGCAGGGGGAACUGGAUGGACACCCCAACUCCAGACCCAGGGGUCCGGCCCUCACACAGCUUCAGACCCAGCCGCACCAACCGGCCCCUUCCCCACGCAGAGACCCCCCCAACCGACGACUGGACCCAGAGGAGAACCGGCCGGGGAAGUCCAGUCUCUAUCUGUCUGGUAUCUGGGCCGCGACCCGGAACAACAGCCGCCCGCCAGUCGUCUUCAACCGGCGCUCCUCCAGCCUGCUGUACCACUUUGACAUCCUGAGGCGAGACUCCGACUUCACACACGACGCCUUCUGCAUGAGCGAGUGCAGGAAGGAGAAGGAGGAGAGAGAGUAUUACUGCUACAGUGAGUUCGCUGUCAACGGGAUAGUUCACGACAUCGAGGUGCUGCGCAAGGGAAUCCGCCUCAUUACGCUGAUGGUGAGCAGCGACGGCUUCUACAAGAUGAGUCGCCUCUACGUGACCCCGGACAGCUUUUUCUUCAAAGUUCGCCUUCUGGUCCUGGACACCUACAAGUGCAGCAAGCCAUGCCCCGAGAUCAAGCUCGGGACCAGAUACAUCAUUAUGGGUCAGAUCUACCACCGGAGGCGCCACCUGCCCAGUGACCUCCUGAACCUGCUCGGGGGUAAACUGAAGCCCGGAGACGGCCUCCUGCGAAGCAACAACUACAUCAAGAGAUUCAACAAGCGGAGGCACCAGAAGGCCCUGGAGGCCACCCGCUCCAGGUGUAGGUGAACCAAAGAUAAGGACUAUCGCCCCCUGCUGCAAGGGAAGAGACAUUGCAGCUCACCUGAACUGAUCGUAACUACCCCCCCCCCCAGUAUUAUCCAAGACGGAAGACAUUUUGCAGAAGGCAUGGAUUUAUUUUCACAUGGACUGCUGUGACGUAUCCAAACCCCGGUUAAUUUUUUUUUUUACUCCUCCGUAAAGUUCCUGAAGCACGGACUUGUGCUCUCUUUGACAGACGACACGAGCAGCUUCAAUUAAAUGGGUUUCGCAUCGUCAGCUUUUUACUGUAAUCUUCUCCAAAUAGCAAAACUCCUCAUUCAUUCAUGGCUGGUUCAUGAAGUCCCGACAUUAAUAAAAGUAUAAAACUGGCUCGCUUUUAAAGGAAAUUUGUCUCAUCUGAAGAAAAUGAAGCCAUGAAAUUUAGUUUUUAGAAAUGGGUAUAUUUUGUCAGAUAACAUCAGCGGUCACAUGUGUGUUUAGCAAUAAUUUUUUUCUUCCCGCUGAGUCAGAUCCAGCCUCUGUGUUCCCGCUAUAACCCAAGCACACAUUUGAACAUGCAUACAGGUAAGGUCAUUGGUUUAAUGUUGUUUUUCUGGCUAGGGCAGUAACUUCUUAAAGCAGGCUCCCAUAUUUAACAACAUACAGAAAUACAGAAACUUAAUGUCAAUGCAAACACACACUGGCUUUUCAGUCCUGUUGAUUCCUUUGAUUAAAUAAUGCUCCUAAAUUGAUGUGAAUGCAAAAUAUUGGAUAGUAGCAAACAACACUCUUUUGCAACACUCAAUCCCGUGCAUGUUGUCACUGUGCUUGUUAUUGGUGAGCAGGAAAUGCACUGAUAUUUUUACAAGAACCAAAGGGAGGGAAUGGAGGGCCUGAAAAAGCAACGACAACCUCCAGUGGAGAAGGAGAGAAGAAAAGGGAUAUAUUGCGUUGGGCCAUUGCUUGUUCAUGAGAACGGCUUUUUUCCCCUUUAAUUAUGUGUCCACGAUGAAAUAUCUGCCCGAGUACACUGGGGCAUCAAAAGGGGCCUUGCUGAGGUGGGGGUGGGGUUCUUGUCGGGACUCAGCCAUACGUCUAAUCGCAGGAAGAGACGUGGGCAGGGUGGCGGAGAAGUAAAUGUGGUUACGUAAGAUGACACAUGGAGGGGGAUUGAAGCAGGAGAGGGGCAGUCGGGCCGGGCUUUCUAAAGGGAUAGCGUCUUAUUUCAUCGGAGAUCUGUGGCUUGAUUGCUGUACGACCCUGAGGUCAUGAGAGGGAAACCUUGCACUGAACGCUUACUUUGCUUACCUAGACAUGAACCCAAUAAAAAAUGUGUCUAUUUUGUACUCAACGA